UGUAAAGCAUCAAAAAAUAAAUUAUAUCAGGAAAAGUCAAAAAUCAAGAAAAUUUUGAUUUCAGUUUAUUAUAGGAGUUUUUUUCUGGAUAAUGUAUCAGCCCAUCACCAUGAUAAUAUCCUAGAUCAAAUGUGUUUGAGUAAAUAGACGAAUUGCAAGUAGUUUCAACAAAUUAGUGAUGGAUGUCGAGACAGAUGGAAGGAUUUCCCGAUCCCGCAGCCCAUCUGUAGCAUCGGAGUCGAAGAUGUCUCGCGGCACAUCUCGUUCCCGCUCCCGGUCUCGAAGCGCCUCGCCCAAAAGCAGGUCCCGCAGCGGGUCUCGGGCUAAGUCUAGAUCUAGAUCCAGAAGUGGUUCAGCUAGAUCAAGAUCCAGCAGCAAAUCAAGAUCGAGGAGUGGUUCGGCUAGAUCGCGAUCGAGAAGCAAAUCUAAAUCAAGAUCACGAAGCGGCUCAGCACACAGAUUAAGGUCUAAAAGAGGCUCGCCGGCUAAGUCAAGGAGCGGUUCGGAAGGGUCGCGGUCGAGGUCUAGGUCGCGAAGCAGAUCAGCUGCUAAGUCUAGGUCUAGAAGCAUCUCCCGCAAAUCCAAGUCGCGCAGCAGAUCUAGGUCAAGAAGUGGAUCUGCAAAGUCUAGGUCUCUUAGUAGGUCGCGUGCAAAGUCUAGAUCGCGAAGUAGAUCCGGCAGCGGGUCGCCGAGACGAUCCCGAUCCAAAAGUAGGUCUCCGGAUAAGUCUCUGGAGACUUCAACAGAAUCUAAGCCAAGAAGUGGUAAGUCUCCGAGCAAGUCUCCUGCCAAAUCCAAAUCUAGAAGUAGAUCUCCUGAAGAUGACAAAGCGAAAAGCAAGUUGACUGAGAACAUGGACGUGGACGAAGAAGAGACUCGAGGUCGCAAGAGAAAACGUUCAGGUUCCGGUUCUGACUCGCCAGCCAAAUCUCGCUUAAAACAAUCAAAAUCACGUUCUAGAUCUCGCUCCAAAUCUCGCUCUAAGUCACGAUCCAAAUCUCGUUCUCGAUCUCGUUCCAAGUCCCAUUCCAAAUCUCGUUCCAGAUCGCGUUCUAAAUCCCGUUCAAGGUCUCGUUCCCAUUCACGACCUAGAUCUCGUUCCAAGUCGAGAUCUAAAUCUCGAUCUAAGUCUAGAUCCCAUUCCCCGUCCAGACUGCGUAUACGUUCGCUAUCCAGAUCCCGUUCUAAAUCUGUAUCCAGGUCUCGCUCUCGAUCAAAAUCACACGCAAAGUCACGAUCUAGGUCAAGAUCCCGUUCGGACAAGUCACGACGCUCGCGGUCAGGAUCGGCUAAAUCACGACGCUCACGGUCCGGAUCGGCCAAGUCACGACGGUCGCGGUCCGGAUCGGCCAAGUCA